AUGCUCCCCUACGCGGUCGCCGCCGCGGGCGUCGUGUGGGUGUUGUACAAGGUAUUGCGCCUAUUUGUGGUGAAGUCUCCACUCGACAUCGUGCUCGGCCCACCACGCAAGUCCCUCUUGGCAGGAAACCUGGAACAACUCUUCGAUCGGGAUGCAUGGGGUUUCCAUGAUGAGGUGGCACUGCAAUACGGUGACGUGGUGAAGAUCAAUGCCGUCUUCGGGGACAAAUGGCUUUACGUCUUUGACCCCACUGCUCUGCGCCAAAUCGUGUUCAAGGAUUCGACAUUCGACCAGAUCCCAUGGCUCAUCGAGAGCACCCGCAUGCUGCUCGGGGCCGGCGUUCUGGGUGUCCUCGGCGAAGCACACAAGCGGCAGCGCAAGAUGCUCACCCCCGCUUUCGCGGAAAACAACCUCCGCGAGCUGACGCCGGUCGUCUACGAGGUCGCGCGCAGGCUCGGCGAUGCGGUCGCCGGUACCGUUGCGGGCGCCCAACGAGACGUAGACAUGCUCGACUGGAUGGGCCGCGGGGCCUUGGAAAUCAUCGGUCAGGCCGGGUUGGGACACUCCUUUGACCCGCUGACGUCCGACACCAAGUCGGAUGCCUACACACAAGCCGCGAAGCAACCGCUCUCGUUCACGCCGAUCAUGGUCGCCGUCCGACAGCUGAGCCCCAUCUUGACGAGGCUCGGUCCAGCGUGGUUCCGCCGGCUGCUCGUGAAGUGCGUGCCCGUUGCACAGGUGCAACAGCUCAGGAACGUCGUUGAUACCCUCUACCAAACAUCGGUCGACAUCAUCGCGCAGAAGAGGGCGCUGCUCGAGAGUGGGAAAAUUUCCGUGGGGAAGGACAUCAUGAGCGUCCUGCUGAAGGCGAACAUGGCUGCAUCCGAGGCCGAUCGACUCCCCGAUGAGCAGAUCCUUGGGCAGAUGAACAUUCUCCUCUUCGCGGCAACCGACACGACUUCGCACGUCAUGGCGCAGAUUCUGCAGCUCCUCAGUGAGAACCCCGACAUCCAAGAACAGGUUCGGCAAGAAAUCCUUGCUGCGUGCGACGGCGACCCCGAGCAUGAGAUCUCAUACGACCGGCUGCACGCGCUCCCCCUCCUCGACGCCGUCUGCAAAGAGACUCUGCGCCUUUACCCCCCGACCCCCAUCGUCCUCCGCACAGCCUUCGAAGACUCGACGCUCACCCUCGCCCGCCCGCUUCGCACCGCCGACGGCACGUUCACAGACCGGCUCUUCGUGCCCAAAGACACCAACGUCCUCGUCGGCGUCCGCGCCUGCAACCGCGCUCGCUCGCUCUGGGGGCCCGACGCCGAGACCUGGCGCCCCGCGCGCUGGCUCGCCGAGGACGGGCUCCCGCCCGCGCUCGCCUCCGCCGCCGUGCCGGGCGUGUACGCGCACACGAUGACGUUCGUCGGCGGCCCGCGCUCGUGCGUCGGCUUCCGGUUCGCGCAGAUCGAGAUGAAGGUUGUGAUGUCGACGCUACUCUCUCGCUUCGCCUUCGAGCCUUCCGCGACGCCGAUCUUCUGGAACGUGUCCGCGAUCACGUUCCCGAGCGCGGGUCGCGAGAGCGAGAAGCCCGAGAUGUGGCUCAAGGUCCGCCCGCUCGCGCCGCGCAAGUCCGGGUAG